AUGCCUACAUUAAGACAAGAGGGUGACAGGCUGCUUGUUUUCGGACCGCAGGCCUUGUCUGCCAAUGGCGAUGACUUCUUGGCUCUCCAAGCUACUGUGAAGCAACAACAAUGGAUUGUCGACAGCAUCAAAGACCUCCCCAAGUACUGGAAACAGUUUGUGGAAGCCUUUCCGAAAUACAACGUUAUUCCGGCAGAGAAAUUGCUUCAGAAUCUGCUACAAUGGGCCCAGACUGGCAAGCUCGAAACGAGUCAUCUCCCUAAUAUCAUUCUCAGCCCGCUAGUUAUCAUCACGCACAUAACAGAAUACAUCAAGUAUCUCGACAUAGCGGCUCCGAAGCCUGAGUCUCAAUCAUCAACGGAGACUCUGGGUUUCUGCAUGGGGUUUUUGAGCGCGCUCGCCGUGUCCGUUAGCAAAGAUCGCCAAGACAUCGAAAAAUAUGGAUCGACUGCGAUCAGGCUAGCCAUGAUCAUUGGUGGUAUUGUGGAUGUGCAGGAUGUGCUAGAUACGCAGGGACAGUCCAAGUCAUUGGCCACGGCUUGGAACACUCCCAAGACAGGCAAUGAGCUCAACAGGAUUGUGAGCCUGUUUCCAGAGGCAUACGUGUCUGUUUCGUAUGACGAGCAGCGCGCGACUGUCACUACGGCAUCAAAAACUGCGGCCGCCUUGCAACAGCAGCUCCGAGGCGCAGGCAUCAUCGCCAAUGAAAUCGGCCUGUUUGGCCGUUUCCACUAUAGCUGGUAUGCCGAAGACAUCCAGGACUUCAUUGAAUACUUCUCGUCUCAGCUUGGACUUGUGCUUCCGGAUGCUUCCCAGCUCAUAUAUCGCACGCGGUCCAACUCCGACUCCGGAUUGAUCACAGACGGCCAACUUCACGCUCAUGCAUUGCGCACAAUACUUGUUCAGCAUUCUAACUGGUAUCAAACCUUCAAAACAAUUCAUGAAUCGAAACUCAAGCUGCAACAGACUAAAGUUGUCUCCUUCGGCCCGGAACCCUGUGUCCCACCAUCAAUCCUGCGCGAAAUCAAAUCAAACGUUGUUCACAUAUCGGAAGUUGAGAGUGUAUCAGCGGCGCCACCCAGGAUUCCAUUGCCUCAAGAGAGCAAAGAUGAUGACAUUGCUGUCGUUGGCAUGUCUAUCAAGGUCGCGGGAGCAGACGACACUGACGAAUUCUGGGACCUGCUCUGUGCGGGACAAUCGCAGCAUCGAGAAGUCCCUCGCAAUCGGGUCAAGUUUGACAACGAGUGGCGUGAAGUUGAUCCUAAGAGGAAAUACUACGGCAAUUUUCUCAAUGAUCAUGACGUUUUCGAUCAGAAAUUCUUCAAGAAGAGCGCGAGGGAAGCUGCAUCAACUGAUCCCCAACAGAGGAUCCUGCUUCAUGUAGCCUACCAGGCAUUGGAGCAGGCCGGAUACUUCAACUCGCCAGAGCAAGAUAGCAAGAUUGGUUGCUUCAUCGGUGAGUGUGCUGCAGACUAUGCAGACAAUGUUGCAUGCCAUCAACCCAAUGCCUUCACCGCCACUGGAAAUCUGAAGAGUUUUAUUGCCGGCAAAGUCAGCCACUACUUCGGAUGGACAGGAACAGGCUUGACUAUCGACACUGCUUGCUCAUCAUCACUGGUAGCCGUGCAUUUGGCAUGCAAGGCAAUCCUCAGUGGUGAAUGCAAUGCUGCACUAGCAGGUGGAGUGAACAUGAUGAACAGCGCUCUAUGGUUCCAGAAUCUUGCAGCAGCAUCAUUCCUAAGCCCCACGGGCCAGUGCAAGCCCUUCGAUGCCAAAGCCGAUGGAUAUUGCCGAGGUGAGGCUGUUGCUGUGGUAUUUUUGAAGAAGAUGUCAGCUGCUAUUGCCAACGGCGAUCAGAUUCUGGGAACGAUCUCUAGUACCGGUGUGUCGCAGAACCAAAACUGCACCCCCAUUUUCGUUCCAAAUGCCCCAUCUCUGUCAUCUUUGUUUCAGAAUGUCAUCGAAGAUGCAAAGGUCGAUCCUAAACAGAUCACCGUCGUGGAAGCCCACGGUACAGGAACCCAGGUUGGAGAUCCAGCAGAGUACGACAGUAUCCGCCGCGUUCUUGGUGGGCCAAAAUUGCGCUCUCAACCGCUUGCCUUCGGAUCUGUCAAGGGCCUUGUUGGUCAUACUGAGGCAUCUUCUGGAGUUGUUUCUUUGAUCAAGACUCUCCUUAUGAUCCAGAAGAAGACAAUCCCCCCACAGGCAAGCUUCGAGUCGCAGAAUCCUCAUCUGAACGCAACCGCCGAGGACAACAUGGAGAUUAAGACAAAGUUGACCGACUGGACGGAGGAAUAUAGAGCAGCUCUCAUAAACAACUACGGUGCAUCUGGCUCCAACGCCUCUGCUGUUAUUACUGAAGCACCUCAUCUUGUGAAAUCUGCCGGAUCCGAAGUUGCAACACCAGCAGUCGACUAUCCCUUCCAUAUCUUCGGCAAAGAUGACCGAGCAAUUCGCGAUUAUUGUGCUAAGCUUGCCAAAUCUCUGGAGUCCAAGGGUCUCGAUAAUAUUUCUGUUGCAGACCUAUCAUUCAAUGUCAACCGGCAAUCCAAUCCCACGUUGGACCGCGCAUUGGUGUUUACAAGCCGAUCGGCCAAACAGCUAGCUGAGAAAUUGAACGCAUUCCAUACUGGCGACACAGAGGUGGCAGCUACCAUUGUGCAGCCUUCUUCACGCCCCGUUGUGCUCUGCUUCGGAGGACAAAUCUCGACAUACGUUGGGCUUAGUCGCGAGGUGUAUGACAGUGUUAAAUUGCUGGCUAACUACCUCAACCAAUGCGAUUAUGUCUGCCGCUCUCUCGGUUGCGAAAGCAUAUUCCCUGGGAUCUUCCAACGAAGUCCCAUCGGUGAUACUGUCAAGCUUCAAACGAUGCUCUUCUCGAUCCAGUAUGCUUGUGCUAAGAGCUGGAUUGAUUCCGGAGUCCAGCCUGUUGCCGUCGUGGGACACAGCUUUGGAGAGUUGACAUCGCUAUGUAUCUCUGGUGUUCUUUCAUUGGAAGAUGCAAUCAAGAUGAUUGUUGGUCGUGCAACUAUUAUCCAGCAGAGCUGGGGCAGUGAAAAGGGUGCCAUGAUGGCCAUUGAAGGCGACCUGAGCGAAGUAGAGAAACUCCUGGGCGAAACCGUCUCGCCCUGUCAAGAAGCUGGAGAGAGAGCACCAACAAUUGCCUGUCUCAACGGACCUCGAAGUUUCACAAUUGCUGGGUCGUCACGCAGUAUCGACAUUGCCUCCGACACCAUUUCAAAGAAUCCGGCAUACUCUCGCUUCAGGUUCAAAAAGCUCAAUGUUACGAACGCUUUCCAUUCUACCUUGGUCGAGCCCCUGAUGUCCGACUUGGAGAAAGUUGGACAAACCCUUGAAUUCAAAGAGCCAUCAAUCCAUCUCGAAAGAGCCACCGAGUUUCACUCCUCUGAACGCUUAUCUCCAAGAUAUGUCGCUGACCACAUGCGUAACCCCGUAUUCUUCAACCACGCAGUGCAGAGGAUUUCAAAGAAAUACCCCAAUGCGAUCUUCGUGGAAGCCGGCUCUAACUCGACCAUCACAAACAUGGCGAGCCGAGCUCUCGGAUCACCUGCGGCGUCUCAUUUCCAGCCGAUCAAUAUCACUACGGACAAUGGAUUCCAGCUUCUAGUCGAUUCUACGGUGUCACUAUGGAAAGAAGGUCUUAUGGUUCCUUUCUGGGCUCACAGCAGGCUCCAGACUUAUGAUUACGCACCAAUGCUUCUACCUGCAUAUCAAUUCGAGAAGCUCCGACACUGGAUGGAGCCUGUGCCGCCUCCAACAUCUGCAAGACAGGUCGCUGGCGGACAACAGGGCGAUGAACCCAAGGGUCUCUGGAGCUUCGUGGAUUACAAGGAUGCAACGAAACGUGCCGCGCGAUUCCGCAUCAACACAGAAAGCGACAAGUAUAAGGAGUAUGUUUCCGGCCAUAUCAUUGCGCAAACGGCGCCCAUCUGCCCUGCAACGGUUGAAGUGGACAUCGCUGUUGAAGCGCUCAUUAGUCUUUAUCCUGAAUUUGCCAGCUCGGAUCUCGAACCUAGGAUUUGCAAUGUCGACAAUCAGUCACCAAUUUGCAUUGAUUCAUCCCGAACGGUUUGGUUGGAUGUCGAAUCUCAGGAGGCGUCUCCCGAUAACUGGUCAUGGAAUAUCAUCAGUGAGGGUGACUCGUCCAAGAACACCACCUUGCACGUUACCGGCCAGAUCAUCUUUGUUUCUGUCAACAACUCAGAAUGGCAGCUGGAGUUCUCGAGAUACGAACGUUUGAUCGGCCACCAGCGCUGUGCCAGUCUUCUAAACAGCAAUGAUGCGGAUGAUAUCAUCCAGGGCCGUAACAUCUACCGUUCGUUCGGUGAAGUUGUAGACUAUUCCGCUCCCUACCGCGGUUUGCAGAAGCUCGUUGGCAAAGGGAAUGAAUCUGCUGGGCGUGUUGUCAAGAAAUACCUUGGUGAGACGUGGCUCGACGCACUGCUUUCAGAUGCCUUCAGCCAGGUCGGUGGAAUCUGGGUUAACUGUAUGACUGAAAAGGACCCUGGCGAUAUGUUUAUCGCGACAGGCUUUGAAAAGUGGAUGCGCAGCCCCGAUGUCCGGUCUGACUACAAGCGACCAGAAGCUUGGGAUGUUUUUGCUUAUCACCAAGAGCUGCCUGCGGAACAUUCAUACCUGACUGAUAUCUUCAUUUUUGAUUCCACGAACGGAAAGCUGGUGGAGGUAAUCCUGGGCGUUAACUACCACAAAGUCGCCAAGGCAACUAUGAGUAAGAUUCUUGCACGUCUUUCUGGGUUAUCGAUCGCCACGACUUCUACCGCCGCAAGGCAAAGCUCAAGGGCUAGUGACGAAGAUACCGGCUCGUCACAGGAGGCCGGUUCUUCUGGUACUGAAAGCAAGCCAAAGAAAAACAAAUCUGGAGGUGGUCAGGAUAUCGUUAUCAAAACUAAAGGUCUGCUGGCUGAGAUAUCUGGCAUGGGUGUUGAGGAAAUCUCUAACGAUGCCCAACUUGCGGAUAUCGGUAUCGAUUCACUUAUGGGAAUGGAGCUGGCCCGUGAGCUUGAGGGAAUGUUUAAGUGCACACUUCCCAGUGACGAGCUCAUGAAUGUCACUGACUUUGCUGGAUUGGUGCAAAUCAUCAAGAGCACUCUGGGAGUUGGAGGUGACGACGAGGGUUCUGAUCAGGAAGGUUCCGACUCAAGCCCAAGCGAGUCUUCCACGACUUUCACUCCUUCAGGGACCUCAUCAUCUUCGGUGUCAGACGUGGAAGAUAACAGGCCUCCUACUAAAUCUUCUGGCCAGGCAUCAUAUAAUGGAGACCUUGAAUUGCCUUCGAGCACAAUCAUCGAGGCCUUUGAGGAAUCUAGGAAGCUGACUGACGAGUUCAUUACCAACUACAGAUGUGCUGGUUACAUGGAAACUGUCUUGCCGAGGCAGACCCAGCUAUGUGUCGCACUGACUGUUGAAGCUUUUGAAGAGCUUGGCUGUCCUAUUCGCUCAGCAAAGGCGGGCGACAUAUUGACUCGCAUUCCACACGACCGGCAACAUACACGCCUCACCAACUAUCUCUACAAGAUGUUGGAGCAUGAGGCACGACUCAUUGAUACCGAUGGUACGAAGAUCACUCGUACCGCAAUUGCACCCCCUUCCAAGACCAGCGAUGCCAUUCUGGAGCAACUCUUGCGAGACUUCCCGGAUCACGAAUGGGCAAACAAGCUCACUCACUUUGCCGGCGGCAGGCUUGCGGAUGUUCUCAAAGGUGAAUGCGAUGGCAUCAAACUGAUCUUCGGAAGCGAUGAGGGACGGCGUUUAGUUACCGGAUUAUACGGAGACUCGCUUCUAAACAAAUUGGCAAACGUGCAGAUGCAAGACGUUGUUUCCAGGGUUGCUUCCAAGAUUCCCAGGGACCAAGGGCCUCUAAAGAUCCUUGAAUUGGGAGCUGGAACUGGUGGCACCACGAAGGGAAUGGCUGCUCUGCUUGCAAAACUAGGUGUUCCCGUUGAAUACACCUUCACUGAUCUUUCCGGCUCCUUUGUGGCCCAGGCACGCAAGACGUUCAAGGAGUAUCCCUUUAUGAAAUACCGUGUCCAUGACAUUGAGAAGCCUCCAGCAAACGAUCUUCUUGGAACCCAGCACAUCAUCAUUGCUAGCAAUGCAAUGCACGCAACUCAUAACCUUGAGGAGUCUACAAAGAAUGUCCGUAAAGCCCUUCGUCCCGACGGUUUCCUCAUGAUGCUUGAGAUGACUUCACCUGUAUUCUGGGUCGACCUUAUUUUUGGUUUAUUCGAGGGUUGGUGGCUGUUUGAUGACGGUCGUGAGCAUGCAAUUGGACAUCAAACUCUCUGGGAACGCAUCAUGCGCUCGGUGGGCUAUGGUCACAUCGAUUGGACUGACGGUAACAGCCCUGAGCUCGAGAUUCAACGUGUGAUUAUCGCUCUUGCGUCCGGUCCUCAAUAUAGCAGACAGCCAGUUCCUCCUCCGCCACAACCAGAAAUUCAGCUCCAGCCAGCUGCAGGACGCAAGGCCGCUGUUGAUGAGUAUGUUCGCAAAUAUACUGAAGGGUUUGCCCUCGCGGGACCUGUCCAAGCAUCAGUUUCCUCGAGUCAAUACGAACAGUGUGUCUUGAUUACCGGUGCUACGGGAAGUCUGGGAUCCCAUCUUGUUGCUCAUGUUGCUGCACUGCCCAAUGUGAAAACAGUCGUCUGUCUCAACCGUCGUAGCGGCAGUGAUGCGGACGCUCGUCAACAAAAGGCUCUGGAAGAAAGGGGCAUCCUUCUCGAUGCUGCAUCUCAGUCGAAGCUUCAAGUCUUCCAGGCAACUACAUCCAAAACCUUGCUAGGCUUGGAGAAAGCCGACUACGAGGAGCUACUUGGUAAAGUCACUCAUAUUGUCCACAAUGCCUGGCCAAUGACUGGGAAACGCCCGCUAUCCGGAUUGGAGUCGCAAUUUCAGGUCAUGCGAAACCUCAUUGACUUCGCACGAGAUAUCUCUGCUCGUCGGCCCAAGGGCUUCAAGGUCAGCCUUCAACUAAUAUCUUCCAUUGCCGUGGUUGGCCAUUAUCCUCUGUGGAGCGGAAAUGUAGUUGUACCCGAGGAGAGAAUGACGCUCGAGUCUGUACUUCCAAAUGGCUAUGGUGACGCCAAGUUCGUCUGCGAGAGGAUGCUAGAUGAAACCUUGCACAAAUAUCCUGACCAGUUCCGCGUCAUGUCAGUUCGUCCUGGACAAAUUGCUGGCUCCAAAGUGACAGGCUAUUGGAACGCAAUGGAGCAUCUUUCAUUCUUGAUCAAAUCCUCUCAAACACUGAAAGCUCUGCCACAGUUUGAGGGCGAUUUGUGCUGGACCCCAGUUGAUGACGUUGCUGGAACCUGCAGUGACUUGCUGAUAUCUGACCGCACUCCUUAUCCUGUCUACCAUAUUGACAACCCGGUGCGUCAGCCAUGGACAGAGAUGAUACCUCUGCUUGCAGACUCGCUUGACAUCCCGCGUGAGAAUAUCGUUCCUUUCAAGGAAUGGGUGCGACGUGUGCGAGCCUUUCCUGGGGCUGUCGAAUGGGACAACCCUGCGGCUUUGCUCAUUGACUUUUUGGACGAUAACUUUCUACGUAUGUCUUGCGGUGGUCUGCUCCUAGGCACUGCCAAAAGCUGCGAGCAUUCAAAGACCCUUGCUGCUGUUGGCCCGGUCAGUGCUGAUGUUGCUAAGAAGUAUAUUCAGUCCUGGAAGCAUUCCGGUUUUCUGCACAAGUAG